AUGAUAUCGUUUUUCUCAAAACUGUCGUUAAAAAAUACUGAAAAACCUACAACGGAGUUUGCGGCGCCAGCUUAUAUGGAUAAAAGUGCAUCAUUACAGGAACUUGGAUACAAAGACGAUAAUGACUUAAGAGAGACAAUAUAUGACUUUUUGCGGACGAUACGGGAUCCGGAGAAACCUAGUACUCUGGAGGACUUGAAAGUUGUGUAUGAAGAAGGUAUUUUCGUGAAAGAACCAACUGCAGAUAAAGUUCCCGUUUUACGAGUGGAAUACAAUCCAACUGUUCCACAUUGUUCUUUAGCAACACUCAUAGGACUCUGUAUAAGAAUCAAAAUACAGAGAUCAUUACAUCACCCCGUCAAACUGGAUAUAUACAUAAAAAAAGGAGCUCAUACUACUGAAGAUGAAAUCAACAAGCAAAUCAAUGACAAGGAAAGAAUUGCAGCCGCUAUGGAAAAUCCCAAUUUGAGAAAUCUGGUAGAGAAUUGCAUCGCUGACGAAGGAUAG